AAAGUUUUUGUUCAAGUAGGAAUUUGGGUUUAUCAUUUUUCCAAAAUCUCCAUUUCCCCUCUAGUUAAACUUUGAACAAAAUAAAUAAGCGUGAAUUUUUUUUAGCUUAGCCGUGAUCAAAAUCAGAAAAAAGUUCCCGCAGGUGAAAAACAAUGGCUGGAGCUGGAGAAGAGGAGGACGAUGAUUAUAUGGGAGACCUCUCACAGUUUCUGCCGCCGGAAGUUUCUCGAUCCUCCUCGAAGGGUUUGGCCAGUAAUCCAGUAGCUCCGAGUUCCUCAAGCAAGAAACCCAAAGCCCUAAACUGGCAAGAACAGAAAAAGCUCAAACGGGAACGAAAACAAAUCGAGGAAGACAAACAAACACUGGAAAACUUGGGCUCGGCUAUACCGCAAUCCAGCAUCGGUUUCAAACUGCUAAAGCAAAUGGGCUACACUCCAGGCUCGGCAUUAGGUAAGGAAGGCUCGGGAAGGGCUGAACCUAUUUUGGUUGAAAUAAGAAGGGGGCGAGCUGGGAUCGGCAAAGAGGAUCCAAAAAUAGAAAAGGCAAGGAGAGAAAAGAGAAAUGAGGAGAGAAAGAAGAGAAAAGAAGAGGAGUUGAUGGAAGAUUUUGGGAGCCGUCAGAAGGAGAGAUGGAAAGGAAAGAGGAUCGUGGUGAAUUUUCAUAAGGCUGAUGCUGUUCUAGCACAGCUGGAAAACAGGGAUGUUCUUGAGGUGGAAAAGAAGGAAGAUGGUGAAGAGGAAAAGGAAGAUGAUGAGGAAGAAGAAGAAAUUACAGAAGAGGGUUUAGAAGUUGAUAUGUUGAAAGGCGAUGUUUGUCUUGUAUGCUUAGAUCAUGCGCAGGAUCUGCUUAAUAUAUUGCUUAAGCUGAGAAAUGAGUUCCUGUACUGUCUCUUUUGUGGAUGUAAGUAUGACACUGUGGAGGAACUAGAGUCUAACUGUCCAGGUAUUAAUGAGGAUGACCAUUAGAUUUCACGCCCAUGGAUAACAACCCGAAUCUUCCUUAGUCUCAUCAGAUUUUGAGCUGGAAAAAUCUCUAGAGGAUUGUCCUUCAGAGAUGUGCUGCUUCACAAGGGAAUGGGGUUUUGUUUUGUUUUAAUUUUACAUUCCAAGUGAAGCUUGGUCUUGUGAGGCUACUAUCACAUUUUAGUAAUAGUAGCCAAAUUUUUGGGGAAAUACAAAACUACCCUCCCUUUUUGGUCCUCUGUAGUAAGGAAGUAAUGUUGACAUCUUGUUUAUCUACUUGUGAAAUUCAAUGAUUAUUUUUGUCUAAUUUGAAUUUGAUUUCGAGCUUUUGUA